CAUCGCCUCCCCUCCUUCUCUGAUCUCAAAUACAAUACAACCCUAGCUUAUAUGUUGAUCUAAUCAUCUAUCCUUAAUUGAAAUCCUAAACCUAACAUCCAACCUCCAUGGAUCUAGAAUCAAGCUUUGAAGAUCUAGGUCCAUGAUGUGCUUGCAUGGGCGUGCCGAUGGUGCAGGAUAGUGAAUUCGAGCCAUGCGAUGAAUAUGGUCAAGGUGUGAUGGACCUUGUGGUUCCGGACACCAAAGUGGAGUUCAAUGUUGAUGACGGUCAAGCUCUAGUGGACCUUCUGGUUCCAGACAGCGAAGAGGCGUUGGAUGAGGACGACGGUCAAGGUACGAUGGAGCUAAUGGUUUCGGACAGUGAAGAGGAGGAGGAUGGUCAACGGGUCAAGGAGGUUGUGGUUCCGGACAGUGAAAAGCACAAGGAUAAAAAAAAAAGGAAAGAGGUGGAAAUGCACCCUCUACGCACAAAUCCUCGUCUAGAGGCCUUCUUAAAAAUCAUCCUACACGGCUGGGAAUCUAGGAUGUGGGACGUGGAUGUAUGAGUUCUUUCUCAAUCAAGAAGAUGAAAGAGGAGCAUUAAUGGAAGGUGAAGGGGAUUCCACAUUUAUGGAAGCUGCCAUUUAGGGAAAAUGAAGUGCUUUUGUCAUUUAUUGUGUGUGUGUGUGUGUGUGCAUUGUGUAGUGCAGUGUGUGUACAGUGUGUGUGUAGU